AUGCCGAAGGAAAAUAAGGUGAGAGAGAUUGAGGUGCUGAUAAUCUCAGCCCAAGACUUGAAGAACGUAAAGCACGUGACAAAGAUGAGAACCUACGCGGUGGUCUACGUGGAGCGUGACAUGGAGACGAGGACACACGUGGAUGAACAAGGAGGAGUGAAUCCGACGUGGAACGAGGUGGUGAAGGUUAAGUUUCACAAGGGCUUGGCGGAGAACGACGUGAAGACAGCUCUCAACGUCGAUAUAUACGCGCAUGGUCACAUACGGGAGAAGCCGGUGGGAAGUGCUAGGGUUCUUCUUUGCGAUGUGCUUAAGGGUGGAGAUGCAUCUGAACCGGCGGAUAAUCCGAUCCAGUGUAUGACGAUUCAGAUUUGGAGGCCUUCUGGUAGGCCACAGGGGUUGCUCAACCUGUGGGUUCCACCCACCGGGAAGUUUCUCAUCCGGCGGGAUUCCUUGUCUUUCAGUGCCAAGGACGACGGUGAGGUUGUGGAGGCGGAGGGUUCGAAGGAGAAUGUGGAGUCGGUGGUGGUGGAAGACGAAAAGCCUGUGACAGAGCGCGAUUAG